AUGGCCCCCGCCCGCAUCGAUACGCCCGAGGCAACUCCAGUUGCGCCGACCAAGCUCCCGUCGAGCCAGGCGCAGACGACCCAGUAUGGCGACUUCCGCGACGAGUUCUUCCGCAACGGCUACGCCGUCAUCAAAGGCGCCCUGACGCCGGCGCGCGCGAAGGAAUACCAGAGCCGGGCGCUGGACUGGCUGGAGUCGUUCGGCCUGGGCUUCGACCGCAACGACCAGUCCACCUGGAAGAAAGAGAACCUGCCCCAGAGUUGGAAGGGCGGGAUGUACCUGCACUUCUCCGCCGCGCACGAGAAGUACGUCUGGGACGUUCGCUGCGAACCCGGGGUCAUCGCCCCGUUCGCCAAACUCUGGGAGACGGACGAGUUGGUCGUCUCCUUCGACACGGUGAACAUCACGCUCCCGCAGUCGAUCGUGGGCGAGUACGACUCCAAGCCGUGGCCGCACGUGGACCAAGCCCCCGAACGGUCGGGCAUGCAGUGCGUGCAGGGGAUCGUGAAUUUGUGCGAGGCGGGCCCCGCGGACGGCGGGCUGGUCGUGAUGAAGGGGUCCGCGCCGCUGUUCGACGACUUCUUCGCGGAGAACCCGGUGACGGGGCCGACGCCGUGGCGCACGGCCAAGCACAAGGACUUCCACCCCUUCUCCGAGGCGGACCUGGCGUGGUACCGCGCGCGCGGCUGCGAGCUGGUCAAGGUCUGCGCCGAGCCCGGCGACCUCAUCAUCUGGGACUCGCGGCAGGUGCACUGGGCGCGGUUCGGCGACUCGGAGGUCGUGCGCACCAUCGUGUAUGCGACCUACACGCCCGCGGCGUGGAUGUCCGAGGACGACCGUCGCAAGAAGACCGAGCUGUUCGAGCACUACGAGACUACCACCCAUUGGCCCCAUACCAAUCUGUAUACCCACGGCAAGGCGACCGUCACGGUGGAUGGGGAGGAGCGGGUGGAUCCGUUGGAGAGGGAUGAGCCCCUCACCAAGCCGGUGCGGACGGAGCAGUUGUUGAAGUUGGCGGGGGUGAUUCCUUACUAG